AUGAACGUUCUCGAUGCAGCGAUAUCACACCUCUCUCUUCUCGUCCAGUUAUUUGCGGCAUCGCCAAUCUGCCAAAUCGCCCUCUUCGGGCUCGUCACCUGGCGGCUGUGGCGUUUCACCAUCAGUCCUGCUCUCUAUCCUGAAGAUCCGAGGGAGGUUCCAUACUGGAUUCCGUGUAUGCCUUCAUUCCAAAUCGCAAAACAGAAUCGCACAAAAGAGCCCUUCGCAAUUACCUUUGCCGGACAAACAAUGUACAUCAUCUCAGAUCCAAAGGAUGCAGCAGAGAUCAGCAGAAAUUCAACCAAUGUGUCCCGCGAUCUGCCAACGAAAGAGAUGUACACGCGGCUGGGAAUAACACAGACGGUUGUGGAUCAACUCUUUACCAUUCAGCCUGAUACUAGCGCAGGGUCUGGGAACUCAGAAACCAACAACAACACCAGUUCACUGCAUCCAACAGACACAAUAAUGGAGAUGUACCGAGUGCAUCUGUCCCCGGGCCCUCGGCUAGAUACGUUCCUGGAAGCAGAUAUCAUCCCGCGGAUCCAGGCGGCGUUCAAACUGGACAGCCUCCAGCAAAUGAGUGCGAGGGGCAUCAUCGGAGCGUAUUACGGCGAUCUCCUCUUCUGUCUUCACCCCGGCCUCAUGCAGCAGUACAUGAUCUGGGAGAAAGUGAACUGGAAAUUCAUAUUCGGACUCCCAAGCUUCCUCAGCGGGGACAUGCUAGAUGCGCAGCGUGGACUAGUUGAUGCCUUUACCAGGUAUUUUGCCAUUCCGGCUGAGAAACGAGGGCACAGCAACUUUUGGGUUGAUUCGGUGGAGAGCCUCCUCCGACACCUGGAUAUCAGCAACGAGGAUAUUGGUCGGCUGUUUAUGCUUCAGACCUGGGGGAUCCUGGGCAACGUCUUCAAGACAACAUUCUGGGUCGUCGCAUAUAUACUCGACGACCCGGCUCUCGUUGAAGCCAUCACCACAGAAAUCCAUCCUGCUGUCACACGGGGCCCGCAAGGAGUGACAAUACAUCAUCAUUACUUAUCAGAGAAGUGUCCCAAGCUCGACUCGCUAUUCAGCGAAGUGCUACGGCUGACCAUGACGAGCCCGAUGGCGCGGGACAUCGUAUCACCAGCUACGAUCGGUAGCCGGCGAUUACGGGAGGGGAGGAGGGUGCUGAUCCUCUACCGCCAGCUGCACCUCGACCCUACAACCUGGGGCCCAACGCCCGAAAGGUUCCAGCCAGAUCGCUUCCUCCGGGAUAUCACGCUGAAGUCGAACAUUGCAUAUCGACCGUGGGUAGCAGGCAAGAAUUUAUGCCCGGGCAGGUUCCUGGCCAAAAGGGCUGUCUUUACGUUUGUUGCGUGUCUGUUUGGUCAGUUUGAUGUUAGUCUCGUGGAUGAACGCGGUGGGCAAAUUGGCGAUACGAGUGGGAAUGGAGGAAAGAAGACAUUCAGCAGGUUGGGUAAAGCGUUCCCGGAAGCUGAUCUGUCGAAGCCGACACCAGGAAUUGCAAGUAUUGCUGAUGGACAGGAUGUUUUGCUGCGGUUGCGGCGGAGGGAUAGGGCUAGGGCUCCUGUACCGCGGAGGGACUGAUAAGGCGUAUGCACUUUGGAUGCGUUCUUAGAUAGUGAUAAGUAUUGAUACUGUGUGCCUAUCUUCGUUGAGUAUUGUU